UAGUUUCUGCACCGGGCUGCAUUUGGGCUAAAGGCCCAAUCUUUAUCAGCCCAAUUAGUCAUAUAAUCGUACGACAUGUCGAACCGUACCAGGUUCCUUCUUGUUCGAUUCAAUCUCUGCCGUCUGCAGUGCACAAAUCAAAGUUCAAACCUUUUUCCAUUUCCGGAGAAUCUGUACGGCGGAGAGAGAAUGGAACAUUCGUACUCCGGUGGCGGCGGCGGAGGAGGAGGAAGCUGGAAUAUGAUUCCAAGCGUGCCGACUCACAGUAACCCCUCUACGCCGUCGAGCCAGGACCAUAUGUACCUCCAUCAUCAGCAGCAGCAACAGCAACAGCAGUUUCAACAGCAGCAGCAGCGUCUUCUUCUUCAACAACAACAGCAGCAGCAGCAACAGCAACAACAGCAACAACAGCAGCAGCAGCAUCACCAGUCGCUCGCCUCACAUUUCCAUCUCUUCCAUUUGGUGGAGAAAUUAGCUGACACGAUCGAGAAUGGAACUAGGGAUCAGCAGUCUGAUGCAUUGGUUAGCGAUCUGAAGAACCAUUUUGAGAAGUGCCAGCAGCUGCUCAACUCCAUAUCUGGAUCGAUCGGCACCAAGGCCAUGACGGUUGAGGGACAGAAGCGAAAGUUGGAAGAAAGUGAGCAAUCGUUGCAUCAGAGGAGGGACUUGAUGACCAAGUACAGAAAAUCUGUUGAAGACCUCCUCAAGUCUGAGCCGUAGCUGUUUGUGAAUUGUCACAACUGCCGAAAUUCAAGAGGAAGCAUGGGCGAGCUUUGGAUAGUUUUUGUUUUCUGGUGUACUAUAUGUUCAUUAGUUAUUGAGCAGAUUUUUAAAGUUAUUGUUGUACAUUGAGGCUGAUUUCUGUAUCUGAUUUUAGCUGCUGAGGUGUUGUCAUUUCUUCUGCUCUUUGUAUCUAUAGACAAUUUCAUGGAACGAGAUGGAGGUUUACUGACA